GUAUAUGAAAAGAUCCUUACCCCUUCCCGACUAAGAUCUUCAUCCAGCCUGUCGUUCCUACAUCCUACGCUCGCUACAUAUCGCCCGUGAUGGCGAGCAACUCUAUCACUCAGGCUCAAGGACUAUUCUCGAAUUGUGGCCCGGGGAUCGACACCUACGAGCUCAGUUACAGCUGCACAGGACCCAGCUGCAAGGACAUCACCGGGUUCCAGAAGAUUACAUGCAGCUCCGAUGGCGACAAGUACAGUUGCUCCAACGAUGUCCAGUGCCCUCCCGGCAUCUCGUCGUUUCAGUCGAACUUCACGUUCACACAGAAUGCCCCUGAUCCAAUAAAUCCGGCCCCGAACGAGAUCGACAACCGCAUACCGCAGGAGCAGCAGAUUAUGAUGGCGGAUUGCUCGAAGUUCCGACUUAUGAGCGAUGGUACCGCGGAGGGCACAAAAACGGAAGAUAAAGGCAAGGAGGAUGACUGUCCGAUGGGAGUGCAAGAGACGCCGACGCCAACAGCAGGCUCAGGCCCAGCUAGAAGCGGUACUGCUAGUGUCGGGGCUGGCUCUGGCCCUCCGGCAAGUUCCAAAGCUGCUUCUAUGCCAGAGGUCCCAGACGCUACCUCCCGCUCUCAGGAAACAUCUAACGCCGCCUCGAUCCCUGGGGCUUCGGACGCUACCUCGAAUGGUGCGCAGGAGACGCCGUCGCCAACAGGUCCGGCCAGAAGCAGUACCGCCACUGCCGGCGCUUCUUCAAUCCCUGAGGCUCCGGAUGCUAGUCCCAGCCCUACAUCAGGUACUGGGCAGCCAGAGCAAUUCGAGGGCGGUUCAACAAAGCGUGGUGGCCCCUCUAAGCAAGUGCUAUUUUUGACCAUCUUUUUUGGUUUGAUGCUCUUCCUUCCUGUCGCCCAAGCAUCUGCCAUCGAUCAUCACCGCCGAGCUGAGCUUCGUGCUCGCGCCGCGCUUAGGGUGCGAGCUGUAUCUGACAAAGUUCGCACUUUCGCUGAGAACUUUGGCUCGGACCUUGCCGCAAAAGCGAAUGCACAAGGACAGAACGGCGAAACAUUCGCACAUAACCUAGUCGCGGAUGUCGUCUCGUCAGUCUGUGGAGGGUACUUUCGGGGGGAGAGCCCAGCAAGCUUCUCUCCUCCCAUUGUCGGUGGCUGUGUCAAGUCAAUCUACGGAGGAGACAAGCUACCCCAGCCUGGGACGCAGUUCUACGCCGUCUUUGGAGCGAGCUUGUUGUGCGACUACGCUGUCAGCGAGGCCUAUCCCGUUGCCCAAGAGUUCUUCCCAGAUGGUUGCGAGGGCUUGCAAGAUUUGGCGGAGAAGAUUACUCCAAGUGCAACUGUGGCCCCCUCACCGCCGCCAACAGUGGCACCGCCGCCAACAGUGGCACCGCCGCCAGCUUCUAAUCCUUUAGUGAGUACUCCACCGGCAUCUGAACCUGCUCCCAGCAAUCCGGCUCCCUCAGAGCCUCUAUCGGAGCCCGUUCCCAGCACUCCUCCAGUGAGCAAUCCACCAGCAUCUGAACCUGCUCCGAGUAAUCCUGCCGCCUCGGAACUCGCAUCGGAACCCGUUCCCACCGCUCCUCUCGAAACUGCGGCGUCGAUCUCAGCGUCGAAUCUCCCUACAGCUCCGCCCUCAUCCAACCCUCCGGUUCCGAGCCCGCCUGCAUCUGAGUCGCCGGUUUCAAAUCCUGCAAGCCCGUCUGAGCUGUCAGCAUCAUCCUCCCCUGAACCGACGCUACUAAGUAGUCUGCCUCCAUCGCCAGAGCCGUCGGAUGUCCCUGAAGUAACCCCGCCUUCGUCGCUUCCUCCCGUUGAGACGCCAAUACCGUCCGAUUCUCCAGAGAGCCCUUCGUCGAGUCCAGCAGUACCACCGUCAUCCGUUGUGGGAAGCCCAUCUUUAACCACCCCUAUUGAGUCGCCGACAUCUACAGAUGUGGAAGUACCGCCUUCUUCGGAACCAGAAUUACCUCCGUCUCCUCCCCCAUCGUCCAGUCCUCCUUCCACCGCGCCGCCGAGCAUGUCGAUUCCCGAGCCUCCUACUACGUCACAGCCUCCCUCUACAACUUUCAUUGACGAGCCGGAGCCGCCCGUUACUACGACUCCUAGUACAACAAUUAUUAUAUCGAACCCACCACUAUCAAAUACCAGCACUCCAAGCCCCUCCGACCCUACACCAAUCAACCCAUGUCUAGGUAACACGACCUGGGUGCCAGAGACGGGAGAGUGCCUCCCUAUCUUGCCUCCUGACAACAGCUGCACCAACAGCGAGUCGGGCGAUAGUUAUUGUCCCGGACUAGGAUGCGUAUUCCUAGACACCACUGAGAAUUGCGGAGCUUGUGGUGUUGCCUGCGACUACAGCUGCGUGAACUCUACCUGCGUUUGCCUGGACGGUUCGCUUCCUGAUGAUAGUGGAAGUUGUGAAUCUUGCCCUCCAGGGACCGAAUGGAACGAUGAGACACAAAACUGCACCUGUCCGCCUGGAACCGAGUGGAGCAAUGAACUGGAGAGUUGCACGGGUGUCUGUCCAUCGGAGAUGACAUGGAAUAACGAGACAGAAACUUGUGAAUGCCCGCCCGGAACGGAGUGGAACAGUGAACUGGAGAGUUGCACGAGCGUUUGUCCAUCGGAUAUGACAUGGAACAACGAGACAGAAGCCUGUGAAUGCCCGCCUGGUUAUGUCUGGGAUGGCUAUUGCAUAAGACUGUGCCCCGAAGGGAUGGAUUGGGAUCCAGAAACAAGGAAUUGCACUAGCGCUGAGUGCCCCGCGGGGACGGUAUUGGACAGCGAAGGAAUCUGCACGAAAUGCCAAGGAGAGACUCCUGACUUCUGCAACGGGACAUGCACAGACAUCCGCUCGGAUGCAUUCAAUUGCGGACAAUGCGGCAAUGUCUGUACCGGCCUCUGCGACAAUUACACUUGCAUAGAGUCGUGCCCGGAGGAGACGCCGGCCACUUGCAACGGCACAUGCGUGGAUCUCAGCUCAGAUCCCUAUAACUGCGGUGAGUGCGGCGGUUACUGCAGUGGGACCUGCGAUGACUCUACCUGCAUUCCCGGCGCUUCGUCAACCACCACGCCAGAGUGUGCGCCCGGGUACACAAAAGACUAUCGAAACAUCUGUCGCUCAAUGACGACUACGACAACGAGCAGUAGCUCCGAAACAUGUCCGCCGGGAUCCACGCUAGACUACAGAAGCUAUUGUCGAGCGAUCAGCACUACGACGAGUGAGACCUCCGCCAUUACAUGCGAGCCAGGCUUCACCACAGACUACAGGGGACAUUGCCGAUCCGCGGUGACUCCUACCCCAGCGACGCCUGUACCGUCGAUUGCGUCUCCAAUACCCUUAGUGACGACGCGCCCGUGCCUAGCGAAUUGUAGCCUUGGAGAAGCCUGCGUCGACGGCGUAUGCCAGCAGGCGGCCGACAUUGGGUCUUUUGUGGCUAAGGGGUUGAACGGGAUCUGGAGAGAUUGAGGCUUGAAGAGAAGGUAAUGAAUUCGGAAAAUUAGGGGUAAUUGGGAUACUACACUUUUGAUGGUCUUUGUUUUCAGAUUGCUUCAGCAUUU